AUGAACGGGCCUAAAAUGUGGGACUUGGAAGUUUUGGGCAUUACAGAUCCCGUAGAGAAGAUAAAUGAAAGCCUUCUUGAAAAAGAAACUUUGACCCAUUUUAAGGAAACAAUUAGGAUCUAUGAAGAUCAAAGAUAUGAAGUGGCUUUACCAUGGUUAGCUGGACAUCCUGCUCUAUAUGAUAAAUAUGACGCAGCAGAAUCCAGACUUCGUACAGCAACUAAGCGUUUGAUAAACGAAAAUUACUUUGAAGCCUACAAUAAAGUAUUUAAACAGUGGGAGGCAGAAGGUAUUAUAGAAGCUGUCCCAAUAGAUCAGCUUGCCAAGGAAGUCCAUCACCUACCUCACAGACCCGUCAUUAAGCCAUCAAGCAAUACCACAAAGGUUCGACCAGUUUUCGACGCUUCGUUCAAGAAACCGGGAUUUUCCUCCUUGAAUGAAUGCUUAAGUAUACGUUUGAGAACUGAGGAUAGAGAUGUCCUAAGAGUUUUAUGGCGGGAGAACACUGGAUGCUCGGAAAUAAGAAUUUUGCAUCAUUGUCGAGUAGUCUUCGGCGUUUCCUCCAGCCCUUUUCUGCUGAAUGCCACUAUAAGUUACCAUCUAGAACGAGAAAAAUUCCAGACAGAGAGCCUCAGGAAGACAAUUGGUUAUUUAAAAGAAGGAUUCUAUGUGCACAAUUUAGUUACGAGGGUUAAUGACGCUACAGAACUGGAACAACUGAAAUCGCAAUCCAUAGAAAUAAUGAAAGAAGGCGCAUUUGAAUUGCGCUGUUGGGCUUCUAAUGACUCUAAGGAAGAUCAAGAUAAGUAA